UUGUGCAGUUUGCAGCCAUUCGGGUUGGUCGUUUACAUGUGUUGUUUCGUCGCAUCGCUUUUGUUGAUACAACAAUAUGUUAAACUUAUGUUCAGAAAUAACCAAUAUGUAUAAUAUGUCGUUGCAUUUUCUGGUAUGCUUCUAUCAAUAUCGAUCCGUACACCCUAUAUUAUUAAAAUCGCUUUAAAGAUUAAGUAACUUUUGAGCAAUAAUUGUAGCCGGAGGAACGUCAGAUUGGAAAUUAGCAAAAAAAUCUUCGAACAAACCAACACCGGUUGUCAGAUUCCAGUGCAGUACCUAGCCGAAAUUAACAUUACAACGAAUAUACAAAUAGAUCAAAUGGCACAAACUGUAACCAACCAAUAUUCAAAUAUUCUCCAGACGUUCCUAUGCGAUUUGUGUAACAAAUGUUUUUUUACGAAAAAGCAAAUUCUCCGUCAUAUGAUUACCAUCCACAAAACUGUAACGGCGAAUCGUUUACUCAGAAAACACAAGUGUGACGUUUGUUUAAAAUCGUUUACCACGAAAUAUAGGCUGGAAAGACACAAAAGCGUGCACACUAACGAAAAGCCUUACAAAUUUGCCAUUUGUUUAAAAUCAUUUAAGGCAAAAUCCAGUCUGGUAUCACACGUACGCCUGCAUACCGGAGAAAAGCCUUACACGUGUGUUGUGUGCCAGAAAUAUUUUUCGACAAAAUCCAUUUUGGUAAGCCACGAAAUUGUGCACACCGGCGAGAAGCCUUACACUUGUGACGUGUGUUUCAAGCGUUUUACUAAAAAAUCAAGCCUUACGGUACAUAAACGUAUUCAUACCGGCGAUAAGCCCUACAAAUGUGUUUUGUGCUUAAAGCGUUUUACCAAAAAAUCAUACCUCGCAAUACACGAACGAGUGCAUACUGGAGAAAAACCUAAUACGUGUGUUGUGUGCCAGAAAUCUUAUUCUACAAAAUUCCAUCUGGUAACGCACAAACGCAUGCAUAUUGAUGAAAAGCCUUACAAGUGUGACGUUUGCUUUAAAUCUUAUAUCGCGAAAGCCAGUCUGGUAGAGCACAUACGCAAUCAUACUGGCGAAAAACCCUACAAAUGUGUUUUGUGCCUGAAAUCGUUUUCGGUAAAAAGCACACUGGUAACACACGAACGCAUACACACCGGCGAGAAGCCAUACAAAUGUGAAGUGUGCCUAAAGUAUUUUACAUUAAGUUAUCACCUUAUCAAACACAAACGCAUCCACACCGGAGAGAAGCCAUACGAGUGCAACACGUGCUUGAAAUCGUUUGCCCAAAGAGUCUACCUGGUUAAACACAAACGUGUCCAUUCUGGACAAAAGCCAUACAACUGUGUUUUGUGCUUAAAGCAAUUUACUCAAAUAUCAAGCCCCACAAUACACAAACGAGUGCAUACCGGAGAAAAGCCUUACACUUGUGUUGUGUGUCUGAAAUCGUUUUCGACAAAAUCCUCUUUGGUAAGACACGAAAGUGUGCAUACCGGCGAGAAGCCUUACACUUUUGACGUGUGUUUCAAACGUUUUACUAAAAAAUACAACCUUACGGUACAUAAACGUGUUCAUACCGGAGAAAUGCUUUACAAAUGUGACGUGUGUUUCAAGUGUUUUACUAAAAAACCAUACCUCACAAUACACAAACGGGUCCAUACCGGAGAAAAGCCUUACAAGUGUGACGAUUGCCCGAAAUCUUUUUCUAUAAAAUCUCAUCUGGUAACACACGAACGCACCCAUGCCACAGAAAAGUCAUACAAGUGUGUUAUGUGCCUAAAGCCUAUUGCGGUGAAAUCCUACCUCGCAAAAAACCAAAAACAUGUCCAUUCUGGUGGAUUGCCUUGCGAAUGCGAAGUGUGUUUCAAGUGUUUUGCCAAAAUAUACAACCCGGUUCGCCAAAACAGUGUCCAUGUCGGAGAAUAGUCAGAUCUCUCUCAGUCAUCAGUUUAUACCUAUAUUUUAAAAUUAAGAUUUUUUUGUUUAUGUGUUAUUAUAGUACUUUAUAGUCAGUACUUUAUACUGUUGUAAAAAAAACAUCUUUUAGACAUUAAAUAUUUUGUGUUGUAAAUAUUUCUAAAUGUCUAAACUUUGUUUGUGUAAUAAAUUAUAU